AUGGAGACCGAUGACCAUGGAAGUACCCCGUAUCCAAAUUUGCUUGAUGGCGGCCUUGGCCUGCAGCAGCAGAGGAACCACCACCGAGGGAAGGGGACGAAGGAGCCUGAUCUGAAGAAGAGGAAGAAGAACGAGGAGCAAGAACCCACACCGCCGGUAGUGGACGCCAACGGUGCCACCGUCGGAGCCGAUAAACAUGAUGCGUCAGAUCAACCGGCUGUAUUAUCAGAGCCUGUUGCUGCUGGAGGUGGUGGUGCCGAGGCUUGUACACUAGGUAAGCAUGUAGCUGAUGCUUCAAGCUCCAAUAACGACAGGAAGGACGGCUCGAAGAAGACGAAUAAGAGGAAGACGGAUCAAGUGACUGCUGAUGGAGAAGAGGCACGCUUGUUCUUGGUGGAUAAUACCACCUGCUGCACGGUGGUGGAUUAUAAUGAUGGUGUGAUCAAUGAUCAUGGUGCUUCCAUUGAUCACAAGAAGGAAGCCGGGAGCAGGGUCGUUCAGGACAUGGGCUCACCGAGAGACUCUGCAAUGAUGAGUUUAGCACAAGGAGGAGGAAGAAGCUACUUAUGCUGGAUCUUAAUGGCCUGCUUGCCGAUAUCAACCAAGACAAGCACAACGCUCACUUGUCACAUGGAAAGUUCAAACUUCAAAGGCAAGCUAGCAAGUUUUGAGUUGAUAGGGAGCAUGGUUUAUAUUUCUGAAGAAACUUAG